CCUGCCGUGUGCGCGCAGCACAUCCUGCAGGGCGCCUCUGCGGACUGCUGCGGGCUGCGCGUGGGCCGAGGGCUGCCUCAAGAAGGCCCGACAAGCGCUUCCAGUGCAAAGGAGAUCGUGCUCAAGCCGGACGCCAAGGCCCUGGACGCCAUGCCCCACCACUGGAUCCGGGGCAACGUCCCCCUGUGCAGCUGCUGUGUGGUGUGCACGCAGCAGUGCGGCAGUCAGCCGAAGCUCUGCGAUUACAGGUGCAUUUGGUGUCAGAAAACUGUCCAUGAUGAGUGCAUGAGAAGUAGCUUAAAGAACGAAACAUGUGAUUUUGGAGAAUUCAGAAACCUCAUCAUUCCACCCAGUUACUUAACCUCUAUUAAUCAGAUGCGUAAAGACAAAAAAACAGAUUAUGCAAUGCUAGCCUCUAAGCUUGGGAAGCAAUGGACUCCAUUAAUAAUCCUGGCCAACUCUCGUAGUGGAACUAACAUGGGAGAUGGACUAUUGGGAGAAUUCAGGAUCCUUCUAAACCCAGUCCAGGUUUUUGAUGUAACUAAAACUCCCCCCAUCAAAGCCCUGCAACUUUGUACUCUUCUUCCUUAUCACUCAGCUCGAGUACUUGUGUGUGGAGGGGAUGGGACUGUGGGCUGGGUCCUGGAUGCCAUUGAUGAAAUGAAGAUUAAGGGGCAAGAAAAAUACAUCCCACAAGUUGCAGUCUUGCCUCUGGGAACAGGCAACGAUCUAUCCAAUACAUUGGGCUGGGGCACAAGUUACACGGGUGAAAUCCCAGUUGCCCAGGUCUUAAGAAAUGUGAUGGAAGCAGAUGGAAUUAAACUGGACAGAUGGAAAGUUCAAGUAACAAAUAAAGGAUACUACAACCUGAGAAAACCCAAGGAAUUCACAAUGAACAACUACUUUUCUGUUGGACCUGACGCUCUCAUGGCUCUCAAUUUUCACGCUCAUCGCGAGAAGGCACCAUCUCUGUUUUCUAGCAGAAUUCUUAAUAAGGCUGUUUACUUAUUCUAUGGAACCAAAGAUUGUUUAGUGCAAGAAUGUAAAGAUCUGAAUAAAAAAGUUGAGCUAGAACUGGAUGGUGAGCGAGUGGAACUGCCUAAUUUGGAAGGUAUUAUUGUUCUGAACAUUGGAUACUGGGGCGGUGGCUGCAGACUAUGGGAAGGGAUGGGAGAUGAGACUUACCCCCUAGCCAGGCAUGACGAUGGUUUACUGGAAGUCGUUGGCGUAUAUGGGUCUUUCCACUGUGCUCAGAUUCAAGUGAAAUUGGCAAACCCUUUUCGAAUAGGACAGGCGCACACCGUGCGGCUGAUUUUGAAGUGCUCGAUGAUGCCAAUGCAGGUGGAUGGGGAGCCCUGGGCCCAAGGGCCCUGCACUGUUACCAUCACUCACAAGACACAUGCACUGAUGCUGUAUUUCUCCGGAGAACAAACGGAUGAUGACGUCUCUAGUAACUCAGAUCAAGAGGAUAUCAAGGAUACUGAGUAGCUGGAUGAGGAAAUGAAAACUUACAAUAGAAUGCUCACAAACAAAUUCCUGUGGAUCCGAAUACAUACUUUGCAUUGUUCAGCUGAAGAGCUCAAUAGAAUGGGUGACAGUUUUGGGUGGUUUUCCCUUGAAAUGAUAAUAUUGAAUCAAGAACCAGCACUUUAUAUUCACUUUUUUUUUUUUAAUUCUGCCUAAUUGUGGACAGUGAAAUGUAGGUAGGUUUCUUUUAAAAAUUUAGAAAUUUGAAAAGAAAACAUAGUAGUUAGGUUGCUUUUCUUGUUCUCUAGCAUUGUCCAGGCAAGCUGGCAUCCAGGUCAGAUGAGAUUGGGAGGAAAUGCCUGGAGUAAGAAAAGGCCUUUGUGCAGUGGAUGACAAUGACUCAUAAGGACAUUUGCUCUCAUUUCUCCAGCUCUGGCUCUUUCUCUUUACUUUGAUCUCCUGCAGGCAAAUGGGCAGUCAUCUGUAAUUCUGUUCUAUGCACAGUUAGAGCAGCCUGGGCCUCUCGCCUGAUCACUCUUGCAGGAGAACUGACUGAAUCAGAUCUCUGAGUCCUCAGGACUGAGGACGCUUGUGAGGCUCCAAGUAAGCAGCCAGCUGGCCUCUUGCACUUUCUCGCCCUCUGGCCACAUGCUGUGUACCUACCACUUAAUUACCCUGUGUUAAUUGCUUUUGUUGGGUUGGGUCUGUAUUGUGGUCAUUGCCUACAGACAGAAAUGUGAAUUAAAGCAUUUGAAAUGUU